AUGUCCGACUCAGAAACCGAGGAAACAGCCCACGUCCCAGUGCCUUCGGUCCCAGGACCAUCUACGCCAUUGACAGAGUCAUAUACGUAUCAUUCCCCAUUGCCAACGGCGCCUGGUCCCUACAUUCUAGGUGUUGACGAAGCUGGACGGGGUCCGGUACUGGGCCCUCUCGUUUAUGGCGUGGCGUAUUGCCCUGUUGCAUAUAAAGAGACGUUGGAAGAACUUGGUUUUGCAGAUUCAAAGACGCUCACCGCUGACACUCGCUCGUCCUUGAUCUCAACGCUCUGCUCGGAUCCUAGCAAUCUGGGAUGGUCGGUACGGGUGAUAGCACCACAAGCAAUCUCCAGCGGCAUGCUCAAAAAGCCGCCUACGAACUUGAACAAGCAAUCUCAAGACGCAACGAUUGGUCUUAUCCGCCAGGUCAUAGACAAAGGUAUCAAUGUCACUGAGGUCUAUGUAGACGCCCUAGGCAACACAUCUACCUAUGAAGCAUACCUCUCCUCUUUAUUCCCAGGCAUUGACUUCACGGUAGCCAACAAAGCCGACUCAAAAUUCAAGAUCGUAGGAGCGGCUAGUGUAGCUGCUAAGGUGACGAGAGACGUCUGUAUUGAGGAGUGGGUGUUCGAGGAAGACGGGGGGAAUGCUAAGUCCAAGUGGAGUAAAGCGCUCGGGUCGGGAUAUCCUUCAGAUCCCAACACACAAGCCUGGCUGAAGAACGCAGUUGAUCCUGUCUUUGGAUUCCCCAAAAUAGUCCGGUUCUCAUGGUCUACUGUGAAGGUGGUGCUUGACAAGCAAGCGAAAGAAGUAAAAUGGAUCGACGAGGGUCAAGCUUCCCUUAUCAAGGCUUUCGAAAGCGGUUCAGGCUUGGAUAAAGACCGCAGUAUGGUUGCCAAAGAUCUCCACCUGUCGACCCUGAGCGCGCUAUGA